AAAGGCACGCCAACAUUUAUUACCAGCAGCAGUAGCAGCAGCAGCAGCAGCAGCUAUUAGCAGUUCCGCUAUGACGGAGCAGGUAAAGGAUUUUUUAUGUUGUUACGUACCGCUACCGCUCACCGUUGCGGUGUGGAAAUGGUUCGUUAAACAGGAAAAAAAGAAAACAAACUGUACAGGCACUAGCAGAUACGAGAAAUACUCUACUUCUACCUUUAACUUUGGUUUGUCAUUUUAUGAAACAAUCUUCACUCGAGAUCGGUACGCGAGAGCAGCGACUAGUAUAAUGCGUGCAGGAGAUGGCAGUUAACAGAUUUUGAAAUCGUAAAGGUGUUUAUCGAUAUUUAAAUUUGAAGUUAACAUAAAACCUACAUAAAUCUACCGCUUGCGCUUGACCGUCUUCUCGCCACGGUGUGGGGUGCAAUUUAGGACUUGUACGAUUUUCAAUAUGUACUCCCUACUCAAAAGGGGUAGGUAAGUGCACUGUUGUGUUAGUAGUAGAUGCAGGGGACAAACUGGUUUAGUUAUUUCUCCCCGCGAUAGUUGUGUUGUGUUUUUUCACGCUAGUUGUAUCAUAUGCACGCUAUUGUCGUCAUAGCUUUCUGACAUGCUUUCGUAGAUAACCCAGAUGGUUAGGAACACGGCAAGAGUCCUACCGCACGACAGCAGAUGGUUUCCGCUGCUGGAGGAAGAGGUUUAGCGCGUUGAACGCAUAGGUUGUUGUUUUUUUUCUGUGAAAUAUGUUCAAUUUUGUUCCUUUUCCUGUCUCUACAUAUAUUAUGGGUUGCUAUUUGGUUACGUGGCGUCUUUCUGCUGAGUGAGUAGUGAUACCGGGCCGGCAUGCACGGUAUAUCCGCAAUCAGUAAGUGACGAAGCGGAAGCGGUUGGGAGAUGGAGGGAGCGCAUCCAAAUAUGGCUACCAAAAGAGAAGUAAAAGAAACAGAAUGUGGUGGCAGGGCGAGGGUCGAAGUAUUUGGUGUACUGUGUAUCUAUACGAUGUAAGACGUAUUAAAUUGCGAUAAAUUAUCAACAGUAA